CUGACCAAUCACCUUCCACGCUCUCUGACAGCUGACCAAUCAGAGAAGGUCUUGCGUUCUGCUGCGAGCUUUAUAUUUCCGGGGCUGCUUUAGGAAUGUAAACUAUUCAACAUGGAGACAGUUGAUAAGCUGGAGGCGAUGUUCCAGAAAGCAGAAGCUGAUAUAGAAUAUGUGGAAAAGCGGCUGAAAUUUGACUUCAUGGCAAAUGUGCGUGAAGCGGGCUCGUUUGAGGGAAACCCUGUUCAGUUGCUGGAGAACCUGUCGGCGAUCAAAGCACGCCAUUCGGCCCUGUGCACUCAAGUGGAGGAGAUCGCAGCAGAACAGAAACGAUCCAUGGACUCCAUACGAGCUCAUUUGGACACGACAGUACAGCUGGUUCAACAGCUGCAGAACACAGCAGAUGUGCAGGUUCCUCCACUGACAGAAGAAGAACAAGAAGCGAGAGAUGCUCUCUGCUCAUCCAUUGCUGCUUUAAAUGUUGAGGCCAUGCCGAUAUCAGAACCUCAAACUCAAGCACAGUCUGAAUCACGGAACAUGCAUGAAGAGGUGUCUGAGGGGACAUUUGAGACUGUCCCGCGGAGUGUACGUGGUAACUUGAAGCUGAAUGACCUCAACAUGCUCAAUAAACAGUUAUCCGAGUACUUCUCAGAUAAAAACAGAGGGCCGAUAAGCACUCAGAGAAUGAAGAAGUUAAACAUGAAAGUCAGUGAUUCUGCAAUGAAGACCUUACAACACCUUAAACUCAUUGAGCUGGAUAAGAAAGGACUUGUGUCAUUGCUGGCAAAAGACUGAGAAACCGGGACAAAAUAGAUGCAACCCCAUCAAAAUGCGUAAAGCCUCGAGUUACUUCCUCUUGUAGUAUAUUCCAUUCCAUAGUAAAACCCCUCUACACACACUUGAAUGAUGGCGAACUAGACAACAUUUCAGAAACAUUUGUCCAUAAAGU